GGCUGCGGGAGGGCGAUGGCGCGGGCGCUGCUCUGCGCCCUGGCGCUGCUGCUGCUGGCGGCGCCGGGGCCCCGCGGCGCCGCCGGCCCCGGGAGGCGCGCACGCGGCGCAGGUGACAGCGUGCAGCAGCGCCAUGCGGAGUGGGGACACUCCUGGCAUGUGACCCCGCAGGUCCUGCAGGGCGAUCGGAGGCUCAGCCUGGCAGAGGCUGUGCAGGGGGGGUUCCCUGCCUGGCUGCAUGUCGCCCUGGAGCUGGAGGGAACACAACUGGUGGUGGAGCUGGAGCAAAACUGGGAGCUGGUGCUGGGCACUGGGGCGCUGCUGUACUACCUGCCUGACGGCACGCGGGUGGUGCGGGAGGCCAGUGAGCAGGAACACUGCUGCUACCGUGGGAGUGUGCAGGGCUUCCCCGGCUCCCGGGCCAGCCUCUGCGCCUGCUCCGGGCUCAGCGGCCACCUCUGGGUGUCGGAGAACAGGAGCUACGGGCUGGAGCCGGACGUCGGUGGUCCCCCGGGCAGGCAUGUGGCAUACCGGCCCCGGGACGCCCGGCUGGCGCCGCGGGCCUGUGGGCCAGCCCCCACGGCCUCCCCGGAGGCAGAGACGGAGCCACCCCGGCCACAGAGGGGCAAGCGGGCAGCGGCGGAGCAGCGCUUCGUGGAGCUGGUGAUGGUGGUGGACCACGCUGCGUUCCAGAACUACCCUGACCUGCAGCGCGUCCACACCCGGACCCUGGAAAUUGCCAACCAGGUGGACACGUUCUUCCAGCCGCUGGGGGUCCGGGUGGCCCUGCUGGCCGUGGAGGUCUGGAGCCAAGGCGACAAGUUCAAGGUGGGCCACAGCGGCCGGGAGGCACUGGAGCAGUUCCUGCAGUGGCGUCGCAAGGAGCUGCUGCCCCGGCUGCCCCACGACAACGCGCAGCUGCUGACGGGCUCCCGCUUCGAGGACGUCAUGGUGGGGAUGUCGACGCAGGACUCCAUGUGCUCGCCGGCGCGCUCCGGGGGUGUCAGCAGGGACCACUCGGUCAGCGUGCUGGUGGUGGCCACCACCGUGGCCCACCAACUGGGGCACAACUUAGGCAUGAGCCACGACGGCGCCGGGCACCGCUGCCGCUGCAGCAACCUCUACCAGGACCGUGGCUGCAUCAUGGACUUACCCACGGGGCUCACACCUGGCUUGAGCUUCAGCAACUGCAGCCGGCAGGACCUGGAGCGCAGCCUGCAGCAGGGCCGGGGCUGGUGCCUCUCCAAUGUGCCCGAGCCUCAGAGACUGGCCGGGAGCCCCCGCUGUGGAAACGGCUUCCUGGAGGCCGGCGAGGGCUGCGACUGCGGCCUCAGCAUUGAGUGCACCGACCCCUGCUGCAACAGCAGCAGCUGCCAGCUGGUGCCCGGAGCCGAGUGCGCCACGGGGGAUGCCUGCUGCCAGGACUGCAAGCUGCGCCGUGCUGGGCACCUGUGCCGGGAGCCGCUGGGCGAGUGCGACCUGCCUGAGUACUGCGACGGGCUCUCACCACGUUGCCCGCCCAACGCCUACCUGCAGGACGGGCAGCCCUGCAGCAGCGGGCGGGCGUAUUGCUACGGCGGGGCCUGUGCCACCCUCGAGGGACAGUGCCAGCAACUGCUGGGGGCAGGCGCCAGCCCCGUCUCCGGCUCCUGCAUGGCCGCCCUGAACACGAAAGGGGACGAGCACGGACACUGCGGGUGGCUCCCCAAUGGCUCCUACGUCGCCUGUGCCCAGCGGGACGCUGGCUGUGGGCGGCUGCAGUGCCAGCGCGGCAGCGCCCGGGAGAGCCGGCCGGCAGCCUCCUGCCAGGGGACCCUGCUGCCGGGGGGCGAGGACGUGAGUGACCCGGCCAUGGUGCUGCCUGGCACUGCCUGCGGCCCCGGCAAGGUGUGUCUGCAGCACCAGUGCCAGGACAUCUCUACGUUGGAGGAUCAGCAGUGCAGCAGCAAGUGCCACGGGCGCGGGGUAUGCAACAACCACGGGCACUGUCACUGCGAGCGGGGCUGGGCUCCCCCCAGCUGCGCCAGCCCUGGCGCGGGGGGCAGCGAGGACAGCGGCCCCAUGGCCCCGGAGCGAGGAGGGAGUGCGCUGCCCACGGCUCUGCUGCUCAGCGCCCUGCUGAUGCUGGCCCUGCUGCUGGGGCUGUACUGCGUGCGCCGCUCAGGGCUGCGCAAGCACCUCUGCCAGCUCAGCAAAGGGACGUCCUGCCAGUACAGUGCUGAGACCCAGGCCCGAUUCCUGGGUCCAGAAGCCUCAGACAGCUGGAGCGGGAUCUCGCAGCCGGAGACCCGAUCGUCAAGCCAGGGCCCCCCUGAGCGGCCCCGACCCCCGCAGUGGCGUCAGGGCACCGAGCUCCAGGUCAUGCACAGCAGCAAGCCGUCUGCCCUCGGCUCGGCCAGGCCCGAUCCGCCCUCCAAGCCUCUCCCGCCUGACCCUCUUCCCAAGAGCUCCCAGGCGGUGCCCUCGGCCCGGCCGCCCCCCCCCACGCGCCCGCUGCCCGCCGACCCCGUGCCGCGCGGCGCUCAGCCUCCAGGCCCGGCCAAGCCCCCCCCGCCUCAGCGGCCGCUGCCCUCAGACCCCCUGGGGCCUUCGCUGCCCCCCAGCCAACCCUCUGUCACAGUGAUUCCCUCCAGGCCUGCUCCCCCACCACCCGCUGGCGCCCCCGCUACGCCCUAGCCCGCAGGCACCGGGACCACCGCCACGCCGGAGCUGCUGGCCCACCUGGGGCCCUCGUUGGAGCAGGGGGGUGGGGGGGCUCGCGGCACAGCGCCGCUCGCUUCCCCACCCCCAAUAAAACAGUUCUAAACUGC